AUGGACCUGAAGGGCGCCGUCACGCAAGCCGAUCCUUCGAUGAAGGCUCCGAAAUCUUUGGGCACUGUGGUGAUCAAGCUAGAGACUGACAGGAGGAUAGGCACCAGCUCCAUUGUCGAUGAGACGACAAAAAAACCUCUUCUCUCCAUCUUGACACUUAUUGUAGAGACGGCCGUCAAGUUAAGGGAAGAUGGACACAAGGUCGUCAUCGUCUCGUCAGGUGCCAUUGGCGUUGGGCUUCGUCGUAUGGACAUAGCCGUACGACCCAAAAAGCACAUGUCAAAGUUGCAGGCUUUGGCAGCAAUAGGACAAUGCCGCCUUAUGAGUCUAUGGGACAGUCUCUUUACACAAUUGAGGCAGCCAAUCGCACAGAUUCUUCUCACCAGGAACGAUAUUGCUGACAGGUCGAGGUACUUAAAUGCCCAAAACACGUUCAUGGAGCUGCUUGACAUGGGUGUCAUCCCCAUUGUAAACGAGAACGACACCCUUGCGGUCUCGGAAAUCAAGUUUGGCGACAACGACACACUAUCCGCUAUUACAGCAGCCAUGGUUCAUGCAGAAAUGCUGUUCCUCAUGACGGACGUAGAUUGUCUAUACGACAAGAAUCCACGAGCUCACCCGGAUGCCAAGGCUAUCGAGGUGGUAGAGGAUAUCGGAGCCUUGUCGGCUGAUGUGUCCUCUGCUGGAUCUUCUUUGGGCACCGGAGGCAUGUUCACCAAGAUCGUGGCAGCAAGGCUUGCCACCUCUGCGGGAGUCACCACCAUCAUCGCCAGGGCAUCAAACCCAGGAAACAUCCUCAACAUUGUGAAGUGGAUCGAGGCGAACCCAGCUGCCACAUCGUCCAAGAUCAGUGAAAACGACCACGCAGACCCUUCCAGGCCUAGCAGUGAUUCGGGGGUUCAGCCUCCACUACACACACGAUUCCUUCCCUCCACAGAUCCAGUUAGGGACCGGUCAUUCUGGAUCCUCCACGGUCUCAAGCCACAUGGCACAGUCUACAUAGACCAAGGCGCGUACCAAGCACUGUUGGACAAGGCCGGCCUACUCCCUGUAGGCGUGGUGGAUGUCGAUGGGCACUUUGCACAGCAAGAAGCCGUCCGGAUCGUAGUAGUAGAGAAGAAACUCGCUACGCCGACCCCUGACGGCAAGUACUGGGAAGGCUCCACCACUGAGGUUGGGCGAGCUUUGGUGAACUACUCAUCGGCCGAAAUAGCCAGGAUUAAGGGUCACCAAAGCACAGAUAUCAAGGAUCUGCUGGGAUACGCCGACAGCGAGUACGUCGUUCACCGGGCGCAUAUCAGCUUCUUCAGGAGAGAAAGCAGGCCCGUUUCCCCAACUGUGGAGAUUGAGACCAUCACUCGGGGCAUAGGGAGCUAUGAGGUCGCGCACUAA